AGCUGCGGCGCCUGCUGCUGCUGCUGCUGCUGCUGCUGCUGCUGCGCGCUUUGCGCUGCCGCUGCGGCUGCUGCGGCCGCCGCGGCUGCGGCCGUGGCAAAGAAACAGGCUGCGGGCGGCAGGAAGGGCUGCUGGGGCUGCGGCUGGGGCUGCUGGCCGGCGCCGCCGCUCUCCAUCUUGGCAGAGCUUUCCAUGCGCAGCGGCGGCCAAGGAGUCGCGGAAUCAGAGCGAUCCGGGACGCGAGUGCGAGGUUAAAACCUUCAGCCCCACGUGCUGUUUGCAAACCUGCCUGUACCUGAGGCCCUAAAAAGCCAGAGACCUCACUCCCGGGGAGCCAGCAUGUCCACUGCGGUCCUGGAAAACCCAGGCUUGGGCAGGAAACUCUCUGACUUUGGACAGGAAACAAGCUAUGUUGAAGACAACUCCAAUCAAAAUGGUGCCAUAUCACUGAUAUUCUCACUCAAAGAAGAAGUUGGUGCAUUGGCCAAAGUAUUGCACUUAUUUGAGGAGAAUGAUAUAAACCUGACCCACAUUGAAUCUAGACCUUCUCGUUUAAAGAAAGAUGAGUACGAAUUUUUCACCCAUUUGGAUAAACGUAGCCUGCCUGCUCUGACAAACAUCAUCAAGAUCUUGAGGAAUGACAUUGGUGCCACUGUCCAUGAGCUUUCACGAGAUAAGAAGAAAGACACAGUGCCGUGGUUCCCAAGAACCAUUCAAGAGCUGGACAGAUUUGCCAAUCAGAUUCUCAGCUAUGGAGCGGAACUGGAUGCUGACCACCCUGGUUUUAAAGAUCCUGUGUACCGUGCAAGACGGAAGCAGUUUGCUGACAUUGCCUACAACUACCGCCAUGGGCAGCCAAUCCCUCGAGUGGAAUACAUGGAGGAAGAAAAGAAAACAUGGGGCACGGUGUUCAAGACUCUGAAAUCCUUGUAUAAAACCCAUGCUUGCUAUGAGUACAAUCACAUUUUUCCACUUCUUGAAAAGUACUGUGGCUUCCAUGAAGAUAACAUUCCCCAGCUGGAAGACGUUUCUCAAUUCCUGCAGACUUGCACUGGUUUCCGCCUUCGACCUGUGGCCGGCCUGCUUUCCUCUCGGGAUUUCUUGGGUGGCCUGGCCUUCCGAGUCUUCCACUGCACACAGUACAUCAGACAUGGAUCCAAGCCCAUGUAUACCCCCGAACCUGACAUCUGCCAUGAGCUGUUGGGACAUGUGCCCUUGUUUUCAGAUCGCAGCUUUGCCCAGUUUUCCCAGGAAAUUGGCCUUGCCUCUCUGGGUGCACCUGAUGAGUACAUUGAAAAGCUCGCCACAAUUUACUGGUUUACUGUGGAGUUUGGGCUCUGCAAACAAGGAGACUCCAUAAAGGCAUAUGGUGCUGGGCUCCUGUCAUCCUUUGGUGAAUUACAGUACUGCUUAUCAGACAAGCCGAAGCUCCUCCCCCUUGAGCUGGAGAAGACAGCCAUCCAAAAUUACAGUGUCACGGAGUUCCAGCCCCUGUAUUAUGUGGCGGAGAGUUUUAAUGAUGCCAAGGAGAAAGUAAGGAACUUUGCUGCCACAAUCCCUCGGCCCUUCUCAGUUCGCUACGACCCAUACACCCAAAGGAUUGAAGUCUUGGACAAUACCCAGCAGCUUAAGAUUUUGGCUGAUUCCAUUAACAGUGAAAUUGGAAUCCUUUGCAGUGCCCUCCAGAAAAUAAAGUGAAGCCAUGGACAGAACUUGGUCUGUCAACUGUGAAUCUGUUGAUGGAGAUCCAACUGUUUCUUUCAUCAGAAAAAGUCUGAAAAGCAAACCUUAAUUUGAAAUAACAGCCUUAAAUCCUUUUUAGAACAAGAUGGAGAAAAAACAAAUAAGUCAAAAUAAUCUGAAAUGACAGGAUAUGAGUACAGACUCAAAAGCAUAAUGGUAAAUCUUUUGAGGUCAUCUUUGAUUUAGAGACGAUAAUCCCAUACUCUCAAUUGAGUUAAAUCAGUAAUCUGUCGCUUUUCAUCAAGGUUAAUUAAAAUUUGGGACCUGCUUCAUUCAAGCUUCAUAUAUGCUUUGCAGAGAAUUCAUAAAGGAGCAUAUAAGGCUAAAUGUAAAACACAAGACUGUCAUUAGAAUUGAAUUAUUGGGCUUAAUAUAAAUCGUAACCUAUGAAGUUUAUUUUCUAUUUGAGUUAACUAUGAUUCCAAUUACUACUUUGUUAUUGUACCUAAGUAAAUUUUCUUUAAGUCAGAAGCCCAUUAACAUAGUUACAAUAAUUGAACUUCUUUAGUAUUAUAUUAAUAUAAAAACAUUUUUGUAUGUUUUAUUGUAAUCAUAAAUACUGCUGUAUAAGGUAAUAAAACUCGGCACCUAAUCCCCAUAACUUCCAGUAUCAUUUUCCAAUUAAUUAUCAAGUCUGUUUUGGGAAACACUUUGAAGACAUUUAUGAUGCAGCAGAUGUUGACUAAAGGCUUGGUUGGUAGAUAUUCAGGAAAUGUUCACUGAAUAAAUAAGUAAAUACAUUAUUGAAAAGCAAAUCUGUAUAAAUGUGAAAUUUGUAUUUGUAUUAGUAAUAAAACAUUAGUAGUUUAAACAA